AGACUGCACACGGAGAAGCUGACAGAUGAAAACAUGACAACACGAAGUCUCUGAUUCCUCCCUGAUGUGAAAAAUCAGAAACACAUCUGCAACUUUUUUUUUUUUUUUCACUUGACGAUGAAAACAGUUCAAACGGAGGAGGUCAGACUCACUGUGACUUUUUCUCCCCGCAACAACGUUUCCUCGACUUUGGAGGAGCUGAGAUGAGGAGCAGCAGAGCCUGAAGCUGUUUUUCCACUGAACAAAACCAGAGUGGAGAGCUGACGGUGGUCGUCAUGUCUCUGUGGAUGAUCCUCCCCGUCAGCCUGCCCGUCGUCACCAUCACUGGAAUAUGGGUCGUAUACGCCAUGGCCCUCUACAACCAGCACGUCUGUCCUGUGCAUAACUGGCUCUACAACGAGUCCUGUGAGGAGCCGCUGCCCUUACAGAGGGGUCCUGUCCUCUGCUGCACGCUGGACAACAUCCCUCUCAUCAGUAAAUGUGGGACCCUCCCUCCUGAAAGCUGCUUUUUCAGCCUCAUCUGCAGCACGGGGUCCUUCAUGGUGAUGCUGAUCGGCCUGCUGCGAUACGCUCACGUCAUCGAGAAACACCAGAACUGCAUCCUGAACACGGCCGGUCUCUCCACCUCGUGGAUCUGCGCCGCUGGACUCAUCAUGGUGGGAAACUUCCAGGUGGAUUUCGCUAAAGUCCUGCACUACGUUGGAGCAGGAGUGGCCUUCCCGUCCAGCAUGCUGUUCGUGUGUCUGCAGUCGGCUCUGACCUACAGACUGGCAAAGACUCAGGACGAGUACCGGAUCGGACACCUCCGGGUGAUGAUGGCCCUGCUCGGCCUCAUCGUGCUGGUGCUCAGUGGAGUUUUCUUCUGCCAGGAGAGCUUCGCCCUGCAGCACGCCUCGGCCAUCUUCGAGUGGAUCUACUGCAUGCUCAUCAUGAUCUUCUACGGGACGUUUGCCUUCGAGUUCGGCGACAUGUCCGGGGACACUCUCAUGGUUUUGUCCAGAGGAGGAGGAGGAGUGCUGAGCUUCUCCACAUCUGGACACAAGACAGAGGUGGCAGUGGGCUCCAACCACCGCCAGCCGGAGAACUUAUCGAUGCUGUAACCGAUCUGCGGGAUGUUUUCAGUGAACCUGGAAGACACUUAAAAAAAGAAUCAAGCACCUGGAAGCUGCAGCCUGCUGAUCCUCUCGCUCGUCACUGCACACAGCCGAAAGGUCAAACGCUGUCCAGCUGAGAGGAGACCAAAGACCGGUACUUCACAGACUGUUUCUCAUUUUGCAGCAGGUGCAACAUGCUGCUCAAGAAGUGCCUUUUUCUGACCACAAACUCCAGCAGGGAGUCUCUCACACACACACACACACACACACACACACACACACACACACACACACACACACACACA